AUGCCAUACGUUAAAAGCAAAUAUGAUGGUGCAAUGCUGUCCUAUCGUAACUACGUACCGCAGCUCUCACCACUAGGCUUCCGCAUCGACGAUACUACUACUAGUCAAACAAAACCCAACAACCACAAGCCAGCUCUUGUAUUCUCAGCAGGCUGGCCGUUCUCCAGCCACAUGUACAAUGUCAUUGCCACCCCCCUCUGCGAGUCUUAUCGCUAUCAGUGCAUUCUGCCCGACAGACGCGGGUUUGGCAAAAGCGAAUGGAGCGGACCUGAUUCUGCUACAAAGUCGAGCAUCGACUAUUCCGUAUUCGCGGACGAUUUGGGCCAUAUAGUUGACUCUGCUGAAUUCGCCUCAGGACAAGGAGGAUUUGUUGGUAUAGGAACGAGUCUUGGCUGUGGAGAGAUUGUUCAGAUGAUAAUAAAUGACUCAACCGGUGCCCUGGGCCGAAGAUGUAAGGGCCUUGUUUUCCUCUGCUCUUCUCUGCCCAUCCCUAUGCAAACAGAAUCAAAACCCUGGGGACCUCCACGUGCGUAUUGGGAUGAUUUACUCAGUCGAAUACGCCAAAACUCUGGCGAGGCGCUUCAGUCGUGCAUGGAUGUGAUUUUUGGAGCCUCGGCGUUUCAGAACACCAUGACCCACCACGAAAGAGCGCGGUUUGAACGAAUGGCAAUCGCUGAAGCUGAUCCUAUGGCUGUUGAGCGUACUGUACAGAUAUUUCUCGAUAGAGAUCUUACCGACUCCCUGCGCGAGUUUGGGGAAAAGUGGUGUGAUAUUCCAGUUUUGAUGCUUCAUGGUUCGGAGGAUUUGGCGAAUCCGGUCGAUAGGAGUCCGGCGUAUGUUAUGAAUCUGUUGCCGAAUAGUGACAGUGAGUUGAAGGUGUAUGAAGGUUCUGCACAUGACAGAUAG